AUGUCAUCUCCAAUCAAAGUCGCCAUCCUAGACGACUACCAGGAUAUCGCAAGCUCCAAAUUCGAACAUCUAGUCAAAUCCAACAAAAUCUCCUUGACACUCUUCCCUCAAACCCUCAACAUCCGCAAUGCCGAUGAACGAGAAGCUCAAAUCAAGCGGCUGCAGCCGUUUGAAGUAAUUUCGACGAUGAGGGAACGCAGUAUCUUCAAUGCGGAUCUGCUUGGUUCAUUGCCAAACUUGAAGUUGUUAUUGACGACUGGCAAGCGCAAUUUCUCAAUUGAUCAUGAAUUCGCCGCGACAAGGGGUAUCGUCGUCGCGGGCACAGAUCGAAUAGCUCAGGAUGGCGCUGCUGGAGGCGGUGCAGGACCUGAUCCAACUACCCAACAAUGCUGGGCUCUCAUUUUGGGAUUGUCAAAACAUAUCGCCCGCGACGAUAGUGCGCUCAAGUCCGAUAAGAGCUACUGGCAAGGAGAUAGUCUUGCGAUUCACCUCCCCGGUAAGACCCUGGGGCUCGUCGGGUUAGGGAGAUUGGGUACUGCCUCGGCGAAAAUUGCGAUUUUGGCGUUUGGAAUGAAAGUUGUCGCGUGGAGUUCGAGUUUGACGCAGGAACGCGCUGACGAAGCUGCCACGGAGAUUGGGUUGCCGGCUGGAAGUAUUCAGGUUGCUGCGUCGAAGCUCGAUUUAUUGAGGCGGGCGGAUAUAGUUUCGUUGCAUUAUGUGCUUUCAGACCGGAGUCGGGGGUUGAUUGGUCGCGAAGAAUUGGCGGCUAUGAAACCUACUGCGUUGCUUAUAAACACUUCUCGGGGACCAUUGAUUGAUCAAGAAGCGUUGUUGGAGACGCUCAAGGAAGGAAAGAUUCGCGGUGCGGCGCUGGACGUGUUUGAUGUUGAGCCCUUACCGGCAGACAGUGAAUGGAGGACAACGGAGUGGGGGAAGAAUGGGCGUAGUGAAGUGCUGCUUUCGCCGCAUAUGGGAUAUGGUGUUGAAGAAUAUAUUGGGGGGAUGUAUGAUCAGAAUGUGGUUAAUUUGGAGCGGUAUUUGGAGGGGAAGGAGCUGUUGCCGACCAUGGCCGAAUUGACAAUAAGAUCCUACGACAAUGACUCCGACGCGGCCAAUGUAUCGACACUAUGGCAAAAUACAUUCCCACAAUACCCUAUUUCCCCGCAGCAUCUAGAAAAGCUCCUGAGCCUAUCAAUUGGGUCGCACUUUGUUGCGUUAAUUGAGAAUAAGCUUAUAGGCUUCUGUGCAACGUACCGCGAGCCAUUGAAAGAUGGAGAAACUGGAUAUCUAGCAAUACUUGCAAUUCAGUCUGAAUUUCAGAGUAAAGGACAUGGGACAAAGCUACUUGAGCAUGCAAUUGAACACUUGUGCAAAUCCUUUAAGCAGGUCAAAGUAGGAAGCUCAAUUCCAAGGUUUUGGCCUGGUGUUCCGACGGACUUGAAUAUCAAGGAUCAAGAGUUCUUCGUGAAGAGGGGCUUCAGAGAAGGCACAAAAUGCAAAGAUCUUUAUCAACCACUCUCCACCUUCAAAGCACCUCAAUACCUCCUCGAUCGCGCAACCUCGAGCGGUAUCACUUUUGCGCCUCUAAAAUCAUCUGGUGCUGAUGAAUGUAUCACCGCUCAGGAAUUAAUCUUUCCUCAAUGGGCUGGAGGGUAUAAAAUGCUCCAUUCCGAGAAACUCUACGAUGAGAUCAUGGUUGCAUUUGACCAGAACGGUAGCCGGCAGGUAGGAUGGACGUUGAUGUUAUCACCAGGUAAAUCAAGGUUGUGGCAUGGAUUUGCGUUCCUACCAGUUGUUGGUGGCGAGAAGGAUGGAGGGACGGGUGGUGAUGGGAAGACGGGAUUGAUUGCUGCGGUUGGCGUGAGAGAUGAUGUUAGAGGUAAAGGGGUAGGGUUGGGUUUGAUAUGUGCUGCGAUGGAGGAGAUGAGGAGGAGAGGAGGGCUCGAUGGCGUUUUUAUAGACUCGGUGGUGCUGGAUAACUUUUACGAGAAGGUAGGAUUUAAGAUUUGGAGGGAGUAUAGGGUGUUUGUGAUGGAUGGGUGA